UCAAUGUCUGCGUCUAUUCAAUGACAGAAUAAAGUCUUAUAUACUUUAACAGAAUAUGAUGUGGAAGGAAAGGAAAGUGUUUCACUCUUUCAUCUAGUUACUCGAGACUGUCAAUCUCGAGCUCUGCAUGUGUGCUGCAGCGACAGGUUGCAGUCGAAAUCAGGCAGUCAGUCAGUAGGUGGUAGUCGAUUUCUUCAUCCCUCGUCCUGUCUCCAACUUCUUCGAUUUUCCCACAAUAGUCAUACAUCUCGACGCAUGUCUUUGAGAUUCAUCGAUGUAUGUUGGUGAACCGAUAGUUUGAGCUAUCAAAAUGACGAGCACGGGCCCGGCUACUGGCGAAUCAGCCAAGGAUGUAGGUUCGUUCAUGCCAGAGCCAAGAGUCGUGGCGCGAGCGGCUCUUUGCGCCAAAGCGAGCUAUGCUAGGGACGCGGCCAGAUGUUUCAAUGGAUUCGAGCACUUGAAAUUCAUAAACGUCAUCACAACACCUACUCAUGAGAAAGAGCCAUCAAGAUCACGAAAAGGCAUGAUCAGGGCCGUGAAAAGGAAGAUGGGAGUCCACAGUGACUUCAAGUCGCAACGAUUGUUGGUCGCCUCAGCUCAAGCCGAAGAUCCCAGCGAGGUCGAGGUGUACGUGGCCUUCAGGGGGACUGCGGGCUGGGUGGACAUUUUCGAUGAUGCAGAUUUCUCGCAGACCAGUCUCGUGGGAUUCGGAGACUCUUUCGAGGGGGCCGUGAAAGGCAAGUUCCACAAUGGCUUCACCAAACGACUGCUGAAUUUCCUGCCAGACGUGAAUGACAUUUACGCGUACGUGACCUCGAACGCGUUGGCCGACGGCAAGAAGAUUGGACGCCUCGUCUUCUGCGGUCACAGUUUGGGAGGAGCCAUCUCGCACCUGGCAAUGCUGGCUCUCUUCAUGACGAGAUUGGGACCUGAGAACGUGCCAUCAAGUAGAUACAUGUCCAUUGCAUUCGGGGCUCCGCACAUCGGCGACCACCUAGCGGCGGAGUUUUUCAAGCGCGACUUUCCUGUCAGUCGCGUUCUCUUCACCUUCGUCCAUGAGGAGGACCCCGUGCCCUUUCUGCUGAACAACUUCCCUACUACGAUCAAAGCGGGUGCUCAAGCCGCUGCGCAAUGGCAGCCAUUAAACAUGGGUGCGCCUGAAUCUACCAUGUGCAAGUUGACGUCGGAGCUGAUGGAGCUGGGAACCAUCACCGCGAUGGACGAAGCCGACGAUGACAUCGUCACCACCAACGUUUCAUGUCUGGGUGGGGCUGUGGCCAAGUCCACGCCUGCAGUUGUGAAUUCGACGGCCAACGUGUACCGCAUGAUCAUGGAUGCCAAGGCGUCCCUCACAGAAAAGCACGUCAAGUACGCCCCCAUCGGCCAGUAUUUGCGGCUCACAGGCAGAUCCGCCUCUCUGGAUGAAAGCCUGGCCGCCAGUCUGCUGUCCGAGGACGAAAUCUCUAAAAUCAGUGAGAAGCUGGCCCUCGACAGCAACCGAAUCAAGGCUCACUACAUGGGUGGGUACAUGAUUCACCUGUGCCCGAGAUCGGAUAAUCUUCCGAAAUCAAAAUCGCUGCCAAAUCUGACGGUGGUGUCGGAGAGCUCCCUGGAACCGGUGAUCAAGAGUGCCUAUCUUGUAAUUCAAGGCUCGGAUUCAGCUGAAAUCAGGGUCACCGGCAAGAAUCUGAGCCUGAUUAUGAGAGGUGGGUGGAGGCUGAAGACGGACGAACCCACGUACUCAUUCUCCAGGUUGCUGUCCGAUUUUCUAAAAUUCGACGACUCGAACCUUCAAGCCGAAAAGGUCCUUCCCAGCGAAGAUUCGGCAAAUAUGGCUGGUACGCAGGAGUACCUUCUCAAAGUGAGGGUGCAGCUGCCGGAAGAAGUGAAGGAUGCUGCUCUGUACAAGCUCUCCGUCAAUCGGAGCAAAAAGAUUGUUGCCGUGGGUCUAAAGUUGUCGGUCCGGACAAGCUUCGGGAAAUCCGUGCACUGCAACGUCCUGCUGGACUCCAAGAGCUUUCUUCUGGAGCCGCAUUCACCUCUCUUGAGCUCCUUGAGAAAAGCCAUGGAAAAGUUGCUUGUUAUCACGGACGCCUUCUCGAACUCCGAUGCCACCACGAGAAAGAUCUAUGACUCGAUUCUUCUAGGAGUGAAGUAUGGGCUGCCGGAUCAUUUCAGCACCUUGGAGAGCAUACUGCUGAGUGACAAACCCAUGCAUAAGAAACGGAAAGAUCUCUUCACAGAUUUCUUCAUUCCAGUUGACAAACUUCUCUGCGAAGCUUUGAUCAAAGUUCGUAAGAACGGUCAUCUGACGCGUUUCAAGAAAUCGGUGGCAGGCUAUUACCGGGUGAUUGAUUUCCUGGCCAACUUUUGUAGGGAACCAUCCAAGUUUCCCGAAGAGAUACUAAGCUUCAAGGCGUUGUGGCCAGGUCUUUUGAAGGAAGAUACACAACGAGAAACUUACGAAAGUUUGGAGGACAAAAUUGUCAAUUACAUGCCUACCGGAUUAGCAGAUGAACUGAAGGCGGGAUGCGAGGGUUCAACUUCUUUUGAGUCAAGUCUAUCGGUCAAAGAGAGCGUGUUUGCGGAAAAGACAUCAAAUGAUAUUCUACGAUGGUUGAAAUUGCUCUUUGGGCUUCGGCUGGUUCAACAAGCCGUAGAGAAGGUGCAGAUGGUAGCGCUCGUGGGGCCCGACGAGCUGCCGGAGGAUGCUUUGAAUUAUAUUUUCGGAGUCGACGAGUCUGUUGCACUCCAGCAUAGAAAGAAUGUUCACUUUGUCGAGGAUGGGAGCACCAAACUAUUUGUUGUUCACAUCUCUCAUAUGAAUCUACCCGGAGCCACCAGAUCAGCUCAUAAGAAGAAGCAGGUCUCUUUCGUUAAAAGUUUUGACAUGUGUAUCGUGCUGGUUAGAAGCAAUGGAGAGGAAGCUGAGAUACGAGAGACAUUUUCAAAUGAGUUUAUGCUCAACUACAAAAAGAGGUGUACAAGUGCGCUGAUAGAUAAGGGACAUAAUGACAGAGUUAGAUUCUGUCAUAUGGAGGAUCUGGAUGAUCCCUUAAAAAUUGCUGCCCUGAACCGGUGCGGAAUUCUCAGCAAGCACGAGAUUUUUGCCAAAAUUAAGACUUCGUUAAAGCUGAGCGGCCCAUCAAAGAGUACCUUGGUUGAAGAAAGGGCCUUCGCCUUCCCAGAGUUCCUACAUGCAGGCCGUUCUGAACCAAAGAAGUCAAUCUCCAAAAGUGGAGAUUCUACGAGCUCAAAGCACGGAUUGCUCUCAGGUCUCCCUGCAGCUGAGCACUCCUUGACGAGAUGACCAUCCUGCCCGGGAGUUCUACCUGUUGCUCUGUAACCUCAUUGCUUAUACAUAUUGUAAAUAAAAAUUGAAUAUGCUGUGCUCCAUUUUGGAAUUGGAAGCAGUGUAUGAGCUGAAUGUUUCAGUUAGCUGGAAUGAAGUAUUUGUAUGAGGAACUAUAACUGCCAUGAUAAACUACACCAACUGAAUGACUAUAAGAGAACGGAAUACUGAACGACGAUUUCGGCUUUGCUUGUCUUGCACUGACCUUGUCAUGAAGUUUAUUACAAAAAUAUAUGUAUCGUAACUGGUUACUACCUACUUGUUUUAACCCUCAUUGGAAGUGUUAGCUUUUCCUUCCGGUCUUUCAAACGGCACGAUGUAAGUUAUUCAGAUACUUAAAUCUGUACCGUUAUGUAGACGAGUGAUGAAAACCAGCAUCCAAAACUGCUCCAUGUACUUCAGUAUCGAGAGACAAGUUGUUCAUUGUGAUACUGCCAUAGACUAUCUUAAGUGUCAAUUCUUACAAUGAAAGGAAGGACGUACUAAGUUAAGUGUGACAGGUGAGCUAAAUUGUCAUGAUUAAAUGUUUAUUUUGGAGUCAUUUGGAUUUCUUAUAAAGUAGACUGUUGAAAACUA